GUUUUACCAAUCCUGACAACGUGACGUCAUUUCCGUGACUCAACUUCAGAAAAUAUUUUCUAAAAUUCCGUCCAAAAAUCGCCUCUAAAAUCCACAAACAUGAAUUUAGGUGUGAAUGAGCAUCACCACAGUGAAAUCCUCAAUUAUCUGAGGUUUGCCCGUUACCAAAGAGGACAGAGGCUACGCUCCGUCGAUGGCUGCUUCAAAGAUCUCAAAGAUAGCAGGCUUGAAGCAGAAGAAACCUACACCACAGAUGAGGUUGAGGAGAUGUUGGAUGGUCUUCUUGCUGUCGUACGGAGCGAGGUCGAGUCCGAGCUGCUCAAUUCAUCCCACACAAACAUCCUCCUGCUACGACAGUUAUUCCAGCAGGCGGAGAAGUGGCACUUGAAACAAUCGGCUGAUAUAUCAGAGUUAGAAAAUCGAGAAUUACUCCGACAGAUUGCCGAGUUUGAGGAGCAAGAAUUUAUGGGUGCUAAGCGAGACACAGAAUUCAAUCCUCUCCGAUUACAACCUCUGAAUGAAUCAGGCAGCACUCAGUUACUUCAAAUGGAAAUUCAAAGACUGCAAGACGAAAAUGCCAGGUUAAAGGAAUACAUGCGCCUUGCUGAAUCAUCUGCUCUGGGCAUUGCCAAGGAAAAGACAAAAUUAUCAAAAGACCUUGAAAAGUUGAGGAGAGAAUUGGGCUUGCUUGAUAUGGAUGCAGGUGAUGAAGACCCAGAAGAGCUCCGUAAACGACUUGAAAGGUUGAAGCUUCAGAUGGAUAAAGAUGCGGCCUCUGGGAAAGCAGGUGCAGCGGCUCUUGGGGAAGAUCUUACUGACACGAAACAUGAACUGCUGAAGAUCAAAGCCAUGCUCGAGAUGGCAGAAAAGGAACUGGAGAAGAAAGUCAGUCAGACCAAACCAUUCCAGAAUCUCAAGCGUAUGUUGGCAACUAAGAAUGACCAGUUGAAGGAUAUACGGCGAAGACUGAUGAAAUAUGAAGAUUUAGAUGACUAGUUGGAUGCAGUUCUUGUCAUUUCUCCUCAUGUGAUAGAACUCGAGUUGUUGGCCCCAAAAUGUAGGUGUUACAUGCAACAUUUAUGGACUGAGUCUGUGAGAGGGGCUCUACCCUGGUGAAUCAUUUCCAUGUUGUCCUCGGGGCAUAUCUGGUUCACAUGGUAAAUAUAGACAAUCGUGUUCCAACCUUACAUGUGAGAGUGGUGAAAACUCUUAGAAUCAGGUACUAUAAUACCGGCUUCAGUGACCUGGAUCCUUUGUUAUAGAUUUGUUUUUGUCCGUCCAUUACAACACUGAUUUUGUGUCCAAAUCCUCAAUAAAUGGAGUUACGUAUACUUUCUUUAGUUAAUCUUUCAUGUUCUACUAUAUUCUGCCGAUUAUGACUAGUUUUUCCGUCCAUUGCAUAUAGCCGACUUUCCCACCAGAACCUUGGUCUUCUUGCUGUAGUACAAUAUUGACCUCAGUAGAAGUGACUGAUCAGUUUUGAAAUAGCCUUUGUUGCGUAGUAUUCACAAUUCUGGUUGUGAAAUGAGAACCUGCCAUUAUUGCAAUAGAAUUUCUGCUAUUGCACAGUUUGUUGAAAUUGGUGUUUGUGUGAGUAAAUACAUCUGUUGGCUUUUGUUCAGAUAGUCUGUGGUAAAGUUAGUACAGUGAGGUAGCCGUGUCCACUGCCACAGUUCAAGGGCUUCACUGUUUUAGGCCUUACAUGUACGUCUUGUAUUGUAAAAUGUAGAAUUAUGAUCCACUGCCGGUCCCAACUUGGCUUUGCUCUUCACGUUAAUCCAGUGGCAUUGGUCAUGCCAUGACAUGUAGAUGAUGAUUUUGGUAUCGAUGGGGGGUGCCUCAGUCUUAGGAAGUUUGACAUUGUGAUCAUCCACGGCCAAAAGGCCAACAGAAUGUCAACAUCCUUUCAAGGCUGCUCCCGCUUUCAAAGUCAUAUGCUGUUUUAAGAUGUUCUGUUUGUAAAUCUGAUUAUCAAUAUGUAUAGUACAAUUACAAAAAUAUUGUACAUGUCAAAGUAGCGUCUGCAAUAUUUCUGAUAGAAAUAAACAACAAAUAUGUAAAUUUAUAACAUUUACUUUUUCUUUCUGCUGCCUUUCCUCUACCUAUCUUUCUCAGUGACAGUAACCUUAGUGGGGGCAGAAUUUCUUCUCUUUGGACCCACUGCAUCUUCCAUGUUAGCUAUCCCAAGUGA